GCAGAAGUGAAAAAUACAAUACUGCAAAGCAAAAGUUGUAAUCUUUGGACACCCACCAACACGAAAGUACGAGAAAGAAAGGUCCAAAUAUUUCUUAAUCAAUAGCAAGAAGAGAAAUGGAAUUCCGAGAAAAAGAAAUGUUCAAAAAACACAAGUAUAAAUGGAAAAAGAAAGGUUGCAAUGGGGUAUAUUUAGCAUGACCCAACAGAAGUGGUGUUAAGACUCCCCGCGCACUGGACUUCCCUGUUGAAGAGGAAGAAAUCAAGAAAAAGUGGCAGUGGCAGUAGCAGUAGCAGUAGUAAAUGGGAACUGUGGAGAAGCCUGUCAAUGAGGUUCUUGAUGUGGGUUCAAGCCAAGGAGCACCUGUUAGUCCUCUUCAUAAGGUUGAUGACUUGACAGGAAUAGUUGAAGAAGCCAAUCAAGCUCGUCAAUGGAAGCAGAAAAAUCUUUUUCUAGAGAUUCCCUCGAGGACAUUGGAUGACCCUUCGCAGGAUUCUGUCGUAAUAAAGAUGCCCCCAACACCUAGCCCAACUCCUAGGAAAGUGAAUUUCCUCUUGACACCAACUUCUAGUGAUGCAAGAGCCUGUGGGUCCCCAGGCCCCUCGUCAACUAGAGGCAAAUCAUCCUUAAGAAGUCUCUUACCUAAAUUAAGCUUCAAGUCUCGAAUUUCUAUGUUAGAUGCUGAGAAGGCUGCCAACCUAGCUCCAGAUUCUUCAUGUACCAUGCCAAGAGAGAAGCCCUCAAUCUCAAGGUCGUUAUCACUUUCAAAGAUAUUCACCCCUAGAAUGAAGAGAACAUCAUCUCUGCCUGUAACUUCAAUUGCAAAUUCAAACCCAGAUUCUAUACGUGGAGGAAGCAUCAGUGGUGCACUUAGUUCAAGUGGAAAAGGAGCCCGGCGACAGAUAUCUCGCUCACUAUCAGUCCCUGUCAACAAUAAAGAAAAAAGCAUUAGGAGGAUGGAUUCUUUUUUCCGCAUAAUUCCUUCAACUCCUCGAGUGAAGGAAGGAGAUGUAAUUCUUACUGCUUCUCCAGGCAUUGAUACUGAAACCGAGGACUCUGAUGGUGAAGACAUACCUGAAGAAGAGGCUGUUUGUAGAAUUUGUCUGGUUGAACUAUGUGAAGGAGGUGAGACUUUUAAGAUGGAAUGUAGCUGCAAAGGUGAACUUGCUCUGGCCCAUCAAGAAUGUGCUGUAAAAUGGUUUAGCAUAAAAGGUAACAAGACCUGUGACGUGUGCAAGCAAGAGGUCCGCAACCUGCCUGUCACUCUGUUACGGAUCCAGAGUGUCCAUGCUCGAACUACUGGAGCAAGUAGAGCUCUUCAGGCAGAUGCUAACGGAUACAGGGUUUGGCAGGAAGUUCCUGUGCUUGUCAUUGUUAGCAUGCUAGCCUACUUUUGUUUUCUUGAGCAGCUCCUGGUUGGGAAUAUGGGUACUGGAGCAAUUGCUAUUUCACUUCCAUUUUCUUGUGUAUUGGGUCUCCUCUCAUCCAUGAUCUCAUCGACCAUGGUAAAAAGAAGAUUUGUUUGGGUUUAUGCGUCAAGUCAAUUUGCUUUGGUGGUUCUAUUUGCACAUAUUUUUUACUCUUUGGUCAACUUGCAAGCAGUUCUAUCAGUUCUCCUAGCAACAUUUUCCGGGUUUGGUGUAGCAAUGAGUGGUAGUUCUAUACUGGUUGAGAUCCUGAGAUGGAGAAGAAGAUGGAUUGCCCAGCAGCAUCACCAUGAUCUAUAUUUAUUGACAGGACCAGGACAAUUCCCAAGAACUGUAAAUUCAUCCCAACCACCGUCGGAAUGAAGUGGAAAACCUAGACAGUUGCAGUGGAAGUUAAAAAUCACGAAGUGCUGUGGCUAAAUUAUGCUCAUCUAAAUAGGGGAAAAUAUGUCUCUUGUAAUAUACAGAAAGUAGGAUCAAUUUUUUCUUCAACCAAAUUAUACUAGAAAAACAAACCCCAGGAGCUAAAAUCUCCAGCAAAGUUAAGAUCAUAAAGUUGUAUUUCUUGCCGAGUAUGGUUAGGAUUGUGUUUGUUUUACAUGUGACAACAGACACCGGUUGGUUACAGAAUUGGAAAUAUAGUCAUGAAAUGAAUACUUGUCUUUUUUC